AUGCCUUCCAAUGUUUCUUCACAUGCAUCUAUCACCUUCCUACCAGUUGAUCCAGUUUUCUUAACUUGGGAAGGUUUAUCAGUAACUGUAAAAAAGACGAAACGUUUAUUACUCGAAGAUGUUACUGGAAUUGCACAACCUGGACAACUGAUCGCCCUGAUGGGUGCAAG